UAUGAGUCUGAGUUCCCAAAAGGAGGAUCCGGAGCAGUAGGUAAACAUUAGCUUACUGCAGGAGAGGAGACAAGCAAAGGAGAUACAGAUAUCCCUCCACCAUGGAUCUGGUCGAGGACUACGAUUACUAUGACAACCUAACCCUGAACUACAGCUAUGAGGACUACCACACUGUGUGUGAAAAGGCUGAUGUGCGCUCCUUUGCUGGACUCUUCCUCCCUGUGGUGUACUCAGUCUGUGUGGUGGUUGGGCUAGCCGGGAACUCCCUGGUGCUAUCCGUCUACGCCUACCAUAAACAUCUGAGGAGAACCAUGAUGGACGCCUUCCUAGUCCACCUGGCCAUAGCUGACCUCCUUCUCCUCCUAACCCUGCCCUUCUGGGCUGCAGACGCGGCGCAGGGCUGGGAGCUGGGCCUGCCUCUCUGUAAGCUGGUCUCUGCCUGCUACACCAUCAACUUCACCUGCUGCAUGCUGCUGCUUGCCUGUGUUAGCAUGGACCGCUACCUAGCAUCUAUUAGAGCGGAGGGAAGGAACCAGGGAAGGCUAGGCAGGGUCUUCACCCGGGCUCACUGUGGGAAGGUCUGCCUGGGGGUGUGGGCUGUGGCUUUCCUCCUGGGUCUUCCAGACCUGCUGUUCUCCACGGUGAGCGAGACCUCCGGGAGAAGGGUCUGUUUGGCUGUCUACCCACCCAGUCUGGCCCAGGAGGUCAAGGCCUGCCUAGAGAUGGUGGAGGUGCUGUUGGGGUUCCUGGUGCCGCUCCUGGUGAUGGCGUGGUGUUACUUCAACGUUGGGCGUGCGUUGGGGCGACUCCCAGUGGAGAGUAGGGGGAGGAGGCUGAGCGCUAUCCGGGUGUUACUGGUCGUGGUGGGGGUGUUCGUGGUCACCCAGCUGCCCUACAACGCUGUGAAGAUGUGCCGGGCGAUGGACUCUGCCUACACACUGGUGACCCACUGCGGUGUGAGUAAGGCCCUGGACCAGGCGGCGCAGGUCACUGAGAGCCUGGCUCUGACCCACUGCUGUCUCAACCCACUACUCUACGCCUUCCUAGGGUCCUCCUUAGGAAAGCAUGUACUGAAAGCAGCCAAGGCGUUUGGAGAAAGGACAAGGAGAAGAGAGGAGCAAGCUGUGGAGAUGUCCUUCAACAAUUCUCAUGCCGCCUCACAGGAGACUAGUGCCUUUUCCAUAUGAGACAGAGAGAGGGAGAGAGAGAGAGACAGAGAGAGGGAGAGAGAGAGAGAGACAGAGAGAGGGAGAGAGAGAGAUAGAGACAGAGACAGAGAGAGGGAGAGAGAGAGAGAGAGAGAGAGAGAGACAGAGACAGAGACAGAGAGAGGGAGAGAGAGAGGGGGGGGCAGAACGUGUCUCACCUUGUUAUCACAUAAGAUUUGAUCACUUGUAUAGCAAUUAUUUGCAGUAUUGUUAAAUAUCUGCUGCUAUGGAACUAUUGAGUCAAAUCAGGGGAAGCUAGCCUGGUCCCAUUCUGCAAUGACCCCAGGGAAAGCGAGGUGUUUACAUUCCUGCCUUUUUUGUUUACAUUCCUGCCUUUUUAUAGCAGAACAGCAAGAUACCAGAUGUUACAGUGAAGUUAAUUUCCGCGCUUAUCAGAGGGGCUGCCCUUGUCAGUGGGGCUGCCCUUGUCAGUGGGGCUGCCCUUGUCAGUGGGGCCAGGGUACAUUGUACUCUUAUGAUAUAAGAAAAUUGACAUUAGAAGUUGGAUGGCACUGCUCUUUUUGUGAAACAUUUCAAAUGAAGCAUCUCAGAUAUUUUACAAUGAGUCUCUGCUCAAGAGAGCAAUCCCCUGGGAUGGGUGGGGACACUGAUUUCCAUCUUAUUUACUCAUUCCUCUAAAUUCCAGCAAAGACUUACCAAAACAGCACAAUUCUCUCCACUCUGAAACCAGCUGAAUAUCCUGUGUGUGUGUGUGUGUGUGUGUGUGUGUGUGUGUGUGUGUGUGUGUGUGU